AACAGUAACAGUCUUGUGAUGUAAAUAAACGUAAUUUUUUGAAAGAAGUUUCGCGGGUUUGGCAGUUUUUGUACAUAAAUCAUAAAUAAUUUAUACUGUAAUCUGCUGAUUUAUUAAAUUGUGUAUUUUAAAAAAUUACACAAAAAUUUAGGCACAUUCAAUAUAAUUCACUAAUGAAUAUGCAAGUCAUCGUAACAGUAGUGUACAAAGCAUAUCUGUAAGUAACGAAGAUCUAUUAACCGCUGAAACAUUUAGGAGCAAGAAAUAUUUUUAUACUGAUGUCAAUUUUGUAGAGUCUGAUACACAAGUAACUUUGUUCAAUUUUUGUACUGUUAAAGAAAUGGAUUCUUCAAGGAGAAGUACUGAAGAAAAUACAAAUUCGAGUCAAUCUAAAUUUAAAAACUCACAAAAAGCUAAGGUAAAAAUGAAUAACCCUUCUCUAAACCAACCAGCUAAGAAACCUAAGAAAUGUUUGGGUGUAGGAAGAACUGCAUCUUGUAGUGAAUUACCUACCCAACCCUUAAAGACAGAUUCUUGUUCAGACUUAACUACUAAAACCCUAUUCUUCAAUGAAAAAGGAUGGCCAGUCAAGGUUAUGAGAUUAACAGAAAACUCCCCACCCAAACCCCUGAAACCCUGGCCAACUCGGUCUCUGCCGAGUACUACCUCCAACAAGUCACCUCGUAAAUCGAAAUCUCUUUACACCCAAAAGAAUCCUGCAAUUGCUAAGUCAUCAAAAGAAAACAAAGAAAAUAAGGAGUGUGCAGAUUUCAAAGAAAGAUCAACUUCAACUGAAAGAAAUAUUGAAACUGUUCUUAAACCAGUUGAAACGGAGGGUCCUGAGGAAGUCCCGGUUCUCAGUGUACAUGGCCUUGACACUGAGCUGAAACUAGUUUUAGAUCAGUUGGAUGACACUAUGGGCAAGUUGUCUUCAGAGAAGGAUAAGCAAGCUGACAAUGAUACUAAAAUCCCAAUGAGAAAGAGUACAACUAAACUCACAAAGCCGACUAAAUUUGAAAGGAAGCCACCUAAAAGUGAACCAAAAGAAAGUUUAUGUAGUGCAAGAUCAAAUAAAUAUGACAGCAAAGAAAUGAAAGCAUACAUCCAAGCAAAACGCACAGAGCGAAAAUUGCAAAUGUCAGAAGAGAUGAGGAAAAAACAAGAAAUGAUGGCAUUACAGAGAAAAAAUCUUGAAAAACUCAAAGAAAAGGCUUGUCAAGUUUUGAAGAAAAGUUCUACAAAGACUAUUGAAGAGAAUAAACCAAGAUGGCAGGGUCCACUGGAGGAGGAUCAUAGUGAGGAGUCCCCAGCAGCAAUUUGUAUUUUUGAUUCUAAAAUUCCAACGGCUAGGAAGUCUAAAUUAAAUUUAAAGACUGAUCGUAGUGAAUCGAACAAUCAAACAUAUGCGACCAAACAGGACGAAGACGUAGGGUGUGAUAAUAGAGAAAGUGAGGAAACAAAAAAGUUGAACGUUUCACUGGAAAGUGUUGGGAUUGUUGAGAGUAUAGAAGAGAUAACAGGAGAUAAAAUGGAGAAGGAGAGGAGGAGCAAAGCUGGAAGUGGGAAGAUGUGCAAGAAGUUACGUCUUUCAAGAAACAAACUGUCAGCAGAUUAUCCGAAAGUGUUAUCUUCACUGCAGAAGGCGGCAAAUCAGCAAGCACUGAAAACAGACAAUGUGAGGAUGAAUGAUGAUCAUCUCCCUCACACUCCAGGACCAGCUGACGAUGGGAAACAAUGUCAAGUCUCCACAGAUAAACCACUGUCUCUCAACCCUGGUGACCAAGGACUAAGACCAGACAAUGUAAAAAUGCAUAUUGAUGACCUCCGCCACAGUCCAGCUGAUCAGAGAGCAGUUGAUGAAUGGAAACACUACAAUUUAAUAUGCACAGACAAUAAUCAGCCAAUGGCUCUCAAUCACGAGUCAAGAAGAAGCACAUUCAAUAUCUCACACCCCAUGUUGCCGACCCCACACUCACAUCAAGAUUUCAGUGAACGCAAAUGUCAAACAUUAUCUCCAGUCAAGUCCCCAUGCAAGAAAAUAUGCAGUAGUGAAACCAUUACGUCCCCUCAUGAGUCUCCAGUACAACAUAAUCUAAUGGAAAAUGCACUGAAGAAAGUACAAGAAGAAGUGUUGUUGAAUCAGAAGGAAGGAAAGAAUCCUGAAUGGUUGCAGUCAUUUCUCAAGCCGGAUGGUCUCAAUAUGAUGAAUGUGAUCCAAAUGAAGGGCAUGCUUUCUAAUCAGAAGAGGGAAAGUUCUGAAUCCGAGAAAAAUGGGAGGUUGAAACAGAAAGUGAUUUCAGGUCGAUGUUCUCUCGAAGAUGAGACAGACGCCCCGUCAAUAAUAUCCAUGGAGGAUUUCCAAAUUCUCCCAGAACCAUUGCGAUUAUCAGAUCUACACUUACCGAUACCAAACAAAAGCUCGACUGAGGAAAGUUUAGCAUCAACGAUUCAUUCAUCACCGAUUAAUUCUGCAACCAAAAGGACACAGAUGAAGAUGAGUAUGAAGACCACGUCAUCAUUUACUAGUGAGGCCGAACCUCUUGUCAUCCCAGAAUCAGUCCAACAGCUCAAGCUUAGAUCCAAGAGAAGGCACAGUGAGACAUCCGAUAGCCAACCACUGCAGAAUUCCAUGGACUCAGUCCGGACUACUACAACAUCCUCUGCGGACCAACCAAAACCUAUGUCUCCAGUCAUCUCUUCCUCCUCGAGUAAAGUCAGUUUGAAAGAUAAUACCACACCAGAGAACAAACCUACUGGAGAAUUCCUUUCUGAACCUCACCUCAACCUAAACAAUGGGCAGAUUGAAAUUGGUCAAGUGCUGAGCUCAUCUGCACUGUUGCUGCAAUUCCACUUGGAGCUUAGUCGGCUGGAUGCUUUCGACCAGUCUCUUGCCCAGGUGAUAGCAGCUGAACGUCUAUACCAAACCCCCACACACGCUCAACUUCACAGUAAGACAACAAGUGAUCAGCUGACUUUCGUAUCUGGACCUGGUAAAACCAGCAGUGCUCAUUCAGGCAUGUCUGAGCCUGUACAGGCCAGGAGAAAAUCACCACACGUGUCUGGAUCGUCCCAGACUAUUAAUUCAUCAAGUGUAUCCGAUCUUGUAAGAACCAGCCACGUGAACAUGUCUCUUCCUGAUAGAAAUAGUCGAUCUUCUCAGCCAACUUCUGUUUCUGAACAUCUUACUACAGAUCAGAGGCAGGUACAAUCAGGUGAAAGUGAUGCCAGCAGUGGUCGGGUGUACAGCCACAGCCAGAGUGAUCAACUGGUUUUUGAGCAUCUUCCAACUCUGGUGACUAAAUCACUGGAAUCGCUCCAUCGCAGCGCUCCAUCUUCUCUACAUUCCGUUGAAGAAAUGUCACUCACUCUAGAAGAGAGUACGCAAGAGGAAGAGCCAGUCUCCGAAAAGUCUAAUCCACCUGUCACAUCUGUGUCAGUUUUGGCACCUUCUUUCUCCCCAAAAAAUCUCCGCUUCCUUCAAGUGCUAAUUGAUGAAGCAGAAUUCCAGAAGAAACAACACGAAUUCUUGUACAAGACGCAAGAGGACAGCCUCCGGACCAACUACAAGGUCGCUCUCACUGAGCUCGACUCCGGCUUUAGGGGGCUGGUGGAUUCCCACAUGGGGCCAUUGAACAAGGAAAAUGACAUCAGGGCAAAAAUAGAAAAACAUUAUAAAACAACCAUAUCUAAUAUUAGAGACACAAGAAAUCAUGUUCUUUCCAACUGGAAUAAGCGUAUAGAAGAGCUGUCAAGAGAGAGAGAUAUACUGAUGAAGCAGACGAAAAAACCAAGUCCUCUAAAGCUUAGAUCAUCAGCUGAGGCAUCACCAAAGAAACUGACACCACUUCGUAGCUCCUCAGCAACCUCGAUUGUAGAAAGCAGUUCCUCUGAGGAAUCUGUGGUCACCCAAACAUUUGAGGAUAAAAAGAGACAAGAAAAUGAUAAAGAAAAAGUUGUAUUAUUUAAUCGUAAGAAAGUUGAAAAAGAACUUCUUAAAAAGGUACGAGAAGAAAUGCGCAAGGUACAAGAAUUGGAGAAAUCAGAACGAUUAUUGAAAACAGGUCGGUCCCGUAGGGACAAGAGCACAUCCCCACUGGAGAGUGUACUCGAGGCUAGCACUAGAGAUGUCGGAUGUUCGGUCAGAGAUGAUAAUGAGAGUGUCAGUCAGCUCGCUACCUCCAGUCUACAUUCUGUGGAGGAAGCACGAGCUACAGACGUCUACAACAGUGAGAGUUUUGAGUCACCAGAAUCAUCAGAAACUCCCAGACAGCCUAGAAUGUUUAACAGACCCAGCUUAGCUAGCAAACCGUUUGUUGCAGCAAGGCUCAACAACAAGAGUAAAGUGCUGAUCAAGGUGCCCCUGUCCCCUAGACUACAGAUGGGUAACAAGCACCGUUGUUCCAGUGGUUCUGAUGAGUCUCUUCUACUCUCUCAGAACGAGACUCAGUCAGAACAAAGCGACUAUGAGGUCAGAAUAUCAGCUUUGAAGGAACAGAAACGGCAGCGUUAUGCUGAGCUUAGCCGGCUUCAGCGAGAACUGAAGAGAGCUCAAAAAGAGCAACUUAAAGCUACUGAAGCAUCACUUCUCAAACAAAUCCAGGUGUACGAUUCGUAUAUUGACCAAACCAAGAAACAGCUUGCAGAAGUGUCGGCUACAAAUGCUGUUAGACCACAAAUAAAACAUCCUCGUUUGUCAGAUAGAUUCUUGCCUCGCAACUCAGAUAUUCUCAAGCAGAAAUCAGCAAUAGAAGAUCAGUCCAAACUUGAAACUCCUGCUUCUGAUGUAGAUACUAACAGUUUGAAAUCAGUUUCUGAAGCUGCCUCAAGUACAGACACUACAAUUCAAAGUUCUGGAGUACUUCCCCCUACUGAGCAAUCUUCUCCAAAAACGGAAGUAAACAAUGAGGGCAGUAACGAUGCGAUGAGUGCUGAAAGUGAAGUGGCUGAAGUUUUCUCUAGUCUUAGCCCAGAAACUGUAAAUAUAACAGAUGUUCCAAAUUCAAAUGUUUCUGAAGUUUCUGAUGAGGUAAAAGAAGUUUUGAAAUCAUCUGCUUCAGAUUUUCAUGAUGUAAGCGAUUCUAAUGGUGAAAAUCAGUGGAUGGACGCUGUUGACUUUUUUGAACAGUUGGGAAAUCCAGAUGAAACAGUAACUCACCAAUCAAAUGGUUCUAAACUUAGUAUUGAAGAACACUUUUCUUCAACAACAUCAAAAACAGAUACAAAUAAGAUAUUAAAUGGGAGUUUACAAAUUAUCUCCAAGGACCAUUCUGUAGAAGAGGAAAUAGAUAAUGAACAUAAAAUUAUCUCACAAAGUUCUACUACUACUCCUGAAGAACAUUUAUCAUCAAGUAAACAUGAGUUGAUUGAUAGCAAAUCAACUGAAGAACUUAUAACUCAAAUCACAGAAGAGAAUAAGUCUGAAAAUUUGGACAUAGGAAGUGUUGUAAGUAUUAUUUCACAAGCUCCAUCCUCCGUGACAUCUAAAUCAGCUAAUUCUCUAGGUCAAACUGAUAACGAUAUUGAAUCAGUUGUUCAUAAUUCAGUGUCAGAAGUGAAAUCAGAUGAUAACAAUGAUUUAAGUGAUUCUAUUACAAUUAGUGAAAAGUUAAAUCUAUCACAAGUUGUUCAGACUAACAGUUCCUCUCAGUCUGCAGCAACAUCGAUUUCGUCUGAUGUGGUUAUCAGUUCCCAACAUUCUUCAGAAGGAGAUGGAAACAGUCUAAUAUCACAGCCCUAUUCUGAAGUUGAUGAUCAUUCUGAGGCAUCACAAUCUGAGACUGUGAUUAAAGUGGUAAUGUCUACCAAAAAUCAAGUGAGUAAUGAGGAAGAUAAAGAAGUUGAUAUGAGACCUAAUCUAAAUGAAACAUUUAAAAUUAUCAGCAAGAGUGAGGAAAUUAAAUCAACCAUUGAUCACUGUACUGUUGAUAAAAUAACUGAUGACAUUUUAAGUGGUUUGUUAAGUGAGUGCGUCAAAUUCAAUCGUGAAGAGCGUCAAAUUCAAAAUGAAACGCAUGAAGAGUUACAAAAUUCAAAUGAAAAUGUUUGUAAAGACAAGGAUGCGAGUGGGGACAUUGAAGAAGUAUUGGUAGAUGAUUUUACCACAACGGUUUUGAAUAAAUUUCUUCAAGAUGCCACUGACUGUAUGUUGAAAAUAAAGGAGUCAAAACAAACAUCAUCUGUGUGUUUUAACAGUAAUACUGUUGAUAAGUCAGUGGAAGGAAGACAGUCUAAUCUCCUUGAAGCUCUUGCUGUUGAAGGUUAUAAUCGACGUUCUUCAAGCAGUGCUUACGAAGAUAACUUUAGUUUAUCAGCCAGUAAAACGGCAGAGGUUGAGUUUAAUGACGGACAUGAGGGAGAAGUGUUCUGGUUCGAUGAGGACCUCCAUCCUGUCAGCCUCCAGACACAACGAGAGGCAGAAGAGUUGCGUAUCAAACAGCUGCAGAUCGAGCAAGAGAUAAAACAAUUGGAACAGGCUCAAGAGAACAUUCCCUCGUAUUACUAUGUACGAGAGAUUCCUAACAAACCACCCCCACCCUAUACCCCACCAGGACAGUCAAAGGAACCCGCACCCGCUAGACAGGAGGACAUAGAGAGUAUGGUGACGAUGGCGGUACAGAGUCUUGGAGCUGUCUGGCUCAGAGGAGAGGAUUUGUCCACUAUUCAACCUUCUGAGCAAUAUUCGUCUACACAUGUCGGCAACCACACAUACAAGAAGUUCCUUUUUGACCUGGUCAGGCAGGUUCUAGUAGAUAUCCCUACAAACAGAGAAGAUGAGACAGACACACCGCCUUGGGAGAGGGCCAUUUGUAGGGUGAGAAGGCUGGUCGUGCCCAAACUAACCGAAGAGACUGUGACCGGAUAUGUGUUGAAGAAAGUGCGUAUUUUGUUUGGUUUUGAGCCCAAUGCGAUCAAGGAGAGCCUAAUAAUACAGUGGUCACGCAAAAAACGUGACAGAGUGGACGAGUUAUUGGUGCGCGACUCACAAGAGGAAGAACAGGAGUGGACGGAUUAUAGCAAGUGUGAGGUGUCUAUCAAAAACACAAUGGCACUAAGUAUAUUUGACAGUCUUAUAGAAGAAACGACCCUAGUGUUAAACAGCGCAUUUGAGAAGAAAAUGAAACAUGCACAAGAGGAAAAACAAGAGAAGACGGAUUAUAGCAAGUGUGAGGUGGCUGUCAAAAACACAAUAGCACUAAGUAUAUUUGACAGUCUUAUAGAAGAAACGACCCUAGUGUUGAACAGUGCAUUUGAGAAGAAAAUGAACCAUGCUUAGGAAUUAUAGCUUUAUUGAUUCUGAAGAGUUGGUUUUAACUAUGUUCCUUUUUUAAAGGAGUACUAUUGUCUAUUGUUUAAAGCAAAUUAUUGUUGAUAUUUUAAUAGUGAUCAAUCUCUUCGGUUAAUUAAAAGAAAACUGUAAAAAUCACCUCACUAAAAAUAUUGUAUACGUUUUGUAAUUUAGCUUGUAAAUAUUUGUUUUAUUUUGCAAACUAAUUUACAUUUGUGUAAAAAAGAACAUUGUAAUACUCGUAUAUGUUAAGUUUGUUCUACACUUGUUUUAAUAGCAAAUGAGAUAGUUUGAUAGUGUGUACCUUACUGGUCUAUUAAUGUUAUAGAUAGAUUUAGAUUUAGUCAUUUUGUAAAGUCAAAUUUGUUAAAUUUUGUACACAUUUUUAAUAAAAUGUAAAUGUCAA